UUCAGCUUAAAACAAAAUGGCUGUGGUAUACCAGCCCAACUCCGUUGCACUGCAACAGACUGGCCCUCAACCUCCAAUCCAGGUUGUGGCCAACCAACCUGCAAUGAUGGUCCUUCAAAGUCCCAACACCGGUAGAUCAGAACGAUACAAUGCAAAGAGUGCCCGCGUCACCGGGUGGAUUCAGCUGAGUUGUGCCAUAGCUGCUUUCGCGAUCAAUGUUGUAGAGCUGCUCCUCGGAUCCACUGUUAGUAUUGUCGGUACGGGCAUUUGGGCUGGACUGUUGUUUUUCCUUCCAACUGGAAUUCUAGGUAUAGUCUCCAAGAACAAGAGUACGUGUAUGAUCAUUGCAUACAUGGUGAUGUCUAUAAUAUCUGCCGUAGUUGGGUUCGUUGUAUUUUGCAUGGGCAUUACUGCAGCAUCAGUGAGUGGCUAUCAGACAUGUAGCUUCAUCGGGAUAUGGAAUUGCGGAUACGAUGUCCAGCGAGCCCGAAUUGCCUUCGAUGUUUUCCUUGUGUUCACAGGAUUAGUUGAGCUUGUUGUUGCGAUUGUUGCAGCUUGUUAUUGCUGUGCUGGAGUGUGUUGUGGACGAACUAAUAACACAAGUACCAUGGUCUACCAACAUUCAAAUAAUGUUACACCGGUAGUCAUGAUGGUUCCCGCGCAUGCUCAACCAGCUGGGCAACCGAUGGGGUAUCCCAAUCCCCCUCCAGCCAAUCAACCACAUCCUUACAUGGCCCAAGGAGGACCCCACCAAGGACCAGCACCUCAACUAGGACCAGGACCCCAACCAGGCCCUGAACCCCAACCAUUUCUUGGACCCCAACAAGGCCCAGGACCUCAACCAAAUUACAACAUGGGAGCACCUUCGCCCCCUCCCCACUACCACGCGAUAGACCCUGUUAAUCCACCAGCUCAGCCUAUGAAGAUGUAAAUGAACUGUGACUUGAGAAGAUGGGACCUGGGGAGUGUUUCAUGAAAGGACUUGUCGGACAUUUUAUCCGACAAGUCCCAUUUUAUCCGACAGUUACUAUAGUAAUAGUGCCUUUCAGCCAAUCAGAAUCAAGGAAAGAUGUCAGAUCUGACAACUUGUCGGACAAAAAUGUUGAUGAAACGCUCCCCUGGUUCAUUUUAAUUUUAGGCCUGCAUGUAUGUGUCUAGA